UAAAAACCGGUGCCGUAGUAGCUGUAGUCGGUAAUCGGUGUUCAUCUUGACACCAGUGUUGAGAUAAAUAACAGUGUCGAAACGAUAAAACCGGGAAAUACAGGUUCCUUAGAGACGUGUUACCGAAACUCCCAGUUUUUUGUCCUCGUUUAAGAUCCCCGAUUCAGCUAUAACAUUUUCAACAAGCCUAAUUCUUGCUUGGUAGCAUCUUGGUAGGCUAUUACCUGGCUAAGGAUCGUGGUUCGGAUUCCACAUAAGAAGUAGACCACGUCCAUAUUAGCCCUAGCAUCUAAAAGCAGACGUUUUGGCAAGGCUUUCUUGGGUCUUAUAGUCCCAGAGAUUAUAGUCCUUACUAGGAUCGGUUAAAACCAUUAACCGAAGGAAAGAAGAAGACGUUAAUUCAAUUCUCCGGCCGGAUAGCUCUAGCAGCUAUGACCAUUAAAUCGAUAUACUAAUGUUAAGAAGUGGGGUUAAUUCCAGGUAUUUAUUUUUUUGCAUUUGUGUGUAUUUGUUAAAGCGGUUUGUAACAAAUAACAAUUUAAUAUAUAUUUUUUAAUUAGAACGAUAAAAGCAACCAAAUUCCUUAUUUUUCACAAAACAGAAUGGUGUUUCAUUUCCAAAGUACGGUUGUUUCUCCACCCGUAUUACUUUUUAUGGGCGCGGACAAAUUUGAAAAUGAAGAUUUAAUUAAAUGGGGUUGGCCUGAAGAUGUGUGGUUUCAUGUUGAUGAAUUAUCGUCUGCCCAUGUUUACUUGAGAUUAGGACAGGGGCAAACUAUUGAUGAUAUUCCAUCUGCUGUACUUGAGGAUGCAGCCCAGUUGGUAAAGGCCAACAGUAUUACAGGAAAUAAAAUGAAUGAUAUAUCUAUUGUCUACACAAUGUGGUCUAAUCUCAAAAAAACGCCAGGUAUGGAGGUUGGUCAAGUUGGGUUUCAUAAAGAAAGCGAAGUCAAAAAAAUGAAAGUAGCCAAAAGGAUAAAUGAAAUUGUCAAUCGACUAAAUAAAACCAAAAAGGAGGAACAUCCUGAUUUUAGGGCUGAAAGAGAAAAAAGAGAUAAGAUAGAAAGAGAAGAUAAAAAGAAACUAUUAAAGGAACAAAAGAGAAAAGAAGAGGAGGAAGAAAAAAGGAGAAGAGAGGAUGCAGAGCUGAGAAGCUAUAACUCUCUUAUGAGCAGUGAAAAUAUGAAUAAAUAUGAUGAUGGAAAUGAUUCUGAUGAUUUCAUGUAACUUCUGAGACCACUUUAUAAUAAUGUACAUAAGAUAUUUUGACUGUUCCAUAUAGCAUUUAUAUUUACAAUAAAAAUGCCAUGAUUUUUUUAAAAA